GUAAAUACUUCGUUUCUUACUUACUUCUUAUUCAUAAAUAGCGUCGUAAAAUUAACUGUGGCGUGCAUGGAUGCAUGCUAGAAUUAAUUUUACGACAUAGAUCAGAUGCUUAACUACGAAUCCAUCACUACAAGAUCACUAUUCUCGGAAGUUGCCGUGUGCAUGUACAAAUUAAAAACGAGUUUUGAAUUCUUAUUGAAAUAAAAAAAAUUCUGAAUUCAAAAAACGCCAUUUGCCUUGGCCAAUUGCUCUUACACGGCUAUAUUGCCAGUGUACUUAAUCAAUAAAAAUAAAUUUAAGUCUUAAAAUACUGCCAGUGUAGUAUAACUAAGUCUUUUUAAAAUGAAUAAUUUUCUUAGUUUCAUCUUUCUUAUCGUUAUCUAUUAUACACGUAGUCCUAUUUUUGGUUCAGAUAUUAUCUUCGAUGGCAAUUCUAAGGGUUUAGGUUUUUCUCAAGGAUUUUACAAAGAUCGUGGGAGCAUAGGUGAUAUUUUGCUAAACAAUAGAUUUGACCAUGCCAUUGGUUACAAAGGUCAGGGAAUAUUUGAAAGGAAUAAUCAUAAGUUUGCAUUUGAUGAAGGAAAUCCUGAUAUCCAUGGAAUUAUAGAGCGUCCAUGUCAAGUAUACGACACCUUCUGUAUCCGCAAGUUCUUCGCAGAGCACUCCAAAUGCAAGAUUUCAGGAAGGAGACUCCCUGAACCAUUUUUCCGGGCACAAGCUGGUUAUCAGUAUGCAAGUGCCAAUAUAUCAGUUACCGCCGUUGACGGAAUAUAUGAUGGACUAAGUAAUGCUAGAGUGGAGGAAUUUUAUAUCAACAAAGUAACAGACAACUUGAUUAUUGCUUUCUAUUUUGACGAUGUCUCAAUAAGAUCUAACAACACAAACGCAAAAUUUUACCUGAGAGGACGAGAACCUGAAGUUCACACAGACUUCGCUAGUUUGGAUUUUAGGAAAACUACUGUAACAAUGAUCAUACCGGGAUUAAAUAAUCUAAGGUUGGACAGAGCUGAGACAUUCACAGAAAGUCCUCUUGUUCCAUUUUCUGCUGGACCCCGUAUAGGUCUGAGUUCAGAUCCUGAAGUUGUAUCCAUGUUUUUAUAUUUGGUGACUGCGGGUGUUCCAGUGGAAACGCGCGAGGAAAUAAGUACGGAAGGCGUGUUCCUCGCCACUACCUACUUGCAAUACAACAUUUGCGAUUUUGGUCUUAAAGUAUUGUAAUUCUGUUUUAUUAAAAGAUAACAAUAUA